AUCUAGGUUGCUGGUGUACGGUUAAAUCUGCAUUAUGCAUCGCGCAUCAUACAACAAAUCAUUUUGAAACAAAUUCGAACGUAGCUACACAAAUGAAAUUAUUGUUUGAUUUUGGUUGUAUUUUUUGCGUUACAUUCAGUUUGACUUUUGAACUUCUAUCUUCAACUCGGACAUGGUAUGCUUCGGAUGAGAGAAAAAUCUAUGAGUGGAGUAUUGUGCCGACUCGCCAGCGAACCAUAUUCGAUAUCCGAACAUCUAUCAGUGGUAAAAAUGGGAACAUAUGCUGCCUGGCUGUUAAUUACCAAAUUGGUAAUCAGGUGUUUGUGAGCGACACCGGAGAGAACAAAAUUUUGAGACUGGACAUUGAAUCUGAUUGGGCAUUGGACCAACCAAUAAAAGUGCAAAAGGAGAUAGUUAGGGACCGCGUGGCCCACAGUCUCGUAUACGACGACACCAACGACUUCUUAUACUUCGCCACGAUUGAUUUCAUUUGGAGGGCCAGGAAGGACGGAACAUCUCUGAUCUCUCUCAGGAAAAUAAUGCCGCAUUUCAAGGUCUUGUCGAUGGAGUUUAAUGUCAAAAAGAGCGAGUUACUUUGGAGUUCUUGGAACGAGCAUGAUAAAACUGGGAAGUUGACAACAUCUCACGUUCCUGAGCUGACUUGCACCAAAGACAUUUUCGAAGGGAACUCCAAACUGGAGAGUAUGUUCCUGUUUUCACCAGAUAAGCUGUAUGCGGUAGAUUCAAUAAAUAUGAAGAUAGUGUCCUUCGAUGUCAAUACAACCCAGCUGGUUGCAUCCAAAAGAAGUCGAGAGGAGUUUUCUGAGGUACACGGAGGGGACGCAGCUAAAGGGCUAUUUGUGCAUUCGGAAUCGAAGAUGAUCUACUUGAAUGAGAAGUCACGUGAGCUGGUCUUCUGUGCACAUUCGGGAUGCUCUUUCUUGAACUUCUUCUCCACUGAGUUCACACCCUCAGACAUCAAGCUGAACUUGAGCAGACAGAUCGCAGGUAAACACGAGUUACUUUGGAGUUCUUGGAACGAGCAUGAUAAAACUGGGAAGUUGACAACAUCUCACGUUCCUGAGCUGACUUGCACCAAAGACAUUUUCGAAGGGAACUCCAAACUGGAGAGUAUGUUCCUGUUUUCACCAGAUAAGCUGUAUGCGGUAGAUUCAAUAAAUAUGAAGAUAGUGUCCUUCGAUGUCAAUACAACCCAGCUGGUUGCAUCCAAAAGAAGUCGAGAGGAGUUUUCUGAGGUACACGGAGGGGACGCAGCUAAAGGGCUAUUUGUGCAUUCGGAAUCGAAGAUGAUCUACUUGAAUGAGAAGUCACGUGAGCUGGUCUUCUGUGCACAUUCGGGAUGCUCUUUCUUGAACUUCUUCUCCACUGAGUUCACACCCUCAGACAUCAAGCUGAACUUGAGCAGACAGAUCGCAGCGGACGCCAUAAAAUACCAGCCCAAGUUGAUCUCAGCACACCAGACAUACUACUUUCCCGACUCUGUUGUGUUCGAUUUCGACACAGAUGCAAAUCAAGUAUCCAAAGACUAUCCUCCCAGAUUUGCCAAAUUCCAGUACCAGGCUUCAAUACAGCUGCUUCAAGGAAAAUAACAUCAU